AUGGAGACAGAUGCUGAUGCUGAGCUGGACCCGGACACUGAUGACCUCCCUCUCAGAGCAAACAUUGAACACAUCCUUGUCAGGCACUAUGUUCUGGACCUGACGGUUCACCUUGACAGGAGAGUGAUCAGUGGGAAUGUGGUGCUAUUUCUGGAGCCGAAUGGCACUGAGGCUGGAGCUUUAGUGGAGGCUGACGACCAAAGAGGAAUAGCUUCAGCUAAAGAUGUGGAGAAGCCCAGAGCUUCCAGUAAAAAAGCCUCUUCACACUCGUGGGAAAGCAGCGGUGGCGGGGAAGAUUUCACCUUGGUGCUGGAUUGCUGCGACCUGUCCGUGUCAAAGGUGGAGGAAGUGGACAUAACCUCCGUGUCGGGGUGGCCUGGCUGCUCAGCGCGGACAGAUGAGGUCACACUUCACAGGCCUGGGUCCACUCUCGCACAGACAAUCAUGUCCCUGCCUUCCGAGCGCUGGAAAUUGCAGCACCAGCUCUACUCGCAGUGCAGCUCGGCCCCCAGUGUGCAAGACCAAGAGCAGCUACGGUUUUUCACUGACCGAUGGAGUUUACAGGUGCGAAAAAGAGGAGUUCGGUCACCACAUAAUUUUCCACAAGUUCUGAGGAUCUUCUAUGAGACCACACCAACAGGGGGCUCUUUGAGGUGGACUCAAGAUCAGGAUCUCAGGUCGUGUGUGUACACCGCUGGUUCUCCCAUCAACAACCGUGCAUUGUUCCCGUGCAUGGAGCCUCCUGUUGCCAUGUCGACGUGGCAGGCUGUUUUGAGGGCCCCUGCUGAGUGUGUGGUUCUGAUGAGUGGAGAGGAGCAGGCGGUGCCAAGGCAGGAGUCUAGUUCAGGCUUCCUAAUCUGGUUUUAUUAUGUGACUAUGCCCAUGCCGGCCUCCACAUUGGCGUUGGCGGUGGGCCAUUGGCACCUGGUCCCCACGGCCUCAAACUGUGCUUCAAGCUCAAACAAAGCAGAGAACUCUGCACCAGGAGAGGGCUGCAGUGAUGUGGCAGACUCGCUUCAAAUUCACAGUGAAAGCCAGACCACCCGCUCUGAGUUUGCAUUUUGCCGUUCUUCCCCGGAGGAUGAAGACCCAGUGCUAACCGAUUAUUCAGGCCCACUGGAUGACGGCAUCUCCUGUUCCCAUGGAGACUACCCCUGCCGAUUCUCCGAGCAGCGAGCCAUGUCCCAGCAGGAGAUUCCACACCGUGUGUUUGCCCCCCUCUGCCUGCUGCAAAGGGCCCAGUUGGUCCUUAAUCUCCUCCCUCGGUGUUUGGCUGCUGCUCACAGUGUCCUGGGAGGUCAUCCAUUUUCUCGCCUUGACGUCCUCAUUGUCACCGCUGGGUUCUCUAGUUUGGGCAUGGCCAGAACUCCACCUCCUCCCUCAAUGCGGGUGGCUCUGUCCGACUGA